AGAGCAGGUUGGAAGGACACAUCAUGGCAUCUGAGAAGUGGGUCAUGACAGUUUUUGUGGUGCAGCUUUCUUGUGCUGCCUAUGGAUUUUGUGGCAAGGUUCUGGUGUGGCCCUCUGAUAUGAGUCACUGGCUGAACCAAAAGGCUAUUCUUGACGAGCUUGUGGAUAGAGGACAUGAGGUGACAGUCCUGAAAUAUUCUACUCUCAUGAUGGAUCAGAAUAGACAAUCUGCACUGCACUUUGAGAACAUUCCUCAGUCAAAUGGGGAAAAAAUGGCCGAGAAUCAGCUGAAUGAGAUAGUGAACCUAGCUGUGAAUGUCAUUCCAAAGUUGCCAUUGUGGCAAGGAGCAGCAAAAUUGCGAGAAUUCUUUUUGCAACUCACUUCUGUGUUUGAAGAUGUCUGUAGGAGUGCAUUGUACAACCAGACAUUCAUGAACAAGCUCCGGGAUAGAAAAUAUGAUGUACUGAUUACAGAUCCUGUCAUUCCCUGUGGAGAGCUGAUGGCUGAGGUGCUUCAGGUUCCUUUUGUGAACACCCUGAGGUUCAGCAUGGGCUACAUCAUGGAGAAACACUGUGGCCAGCUUCCAGUUCCCCUCUCCCAUGUGCCAGUUAUCAUGGCUGAAUUAACCGAUAAUAUGACCUUCACAGAAAGGGUGAAAAAUAUGAUGCUGUCAUUGUUUUUUGAAUUUGUGCUUCAGCAAUAUGACUUUGCAUUCUGGGAUAAGUUUUACAGUGAAACCCUAGGAAGACCCACCACAUUCUGUGAGAUCAUCGGGAAAGCUGAAAUUUGGCUAAUCAGGACAUAUUGGGAUUUUGAAUUCCCUCGUCCAUAUUUACCAAAUUUUGAGUUUGUGGGAGGACUGCACUGUAAACCUGCCAAGCCAUUACCCAAGGAAAUGGAAGAAUUUGUUCAGAGUUCAGGGGAACACGGUGUUGUGGUGUUUUCUCUGGGAUCAAUGAUCAAAAACCUGACAGAAGACAAAGCCAACCUCAUUGCCUCGGCCCUUGCCCAGAUUCCUCAGAAGGUUUUGUGGAGAUAUUCAGGCAAGAAACCAGCCACAUUAGGAUCCAAUACUCGGCUUUUUAACUGGAUUCCCCAGAAUGAUCUACUUGGGCAUCCUAAAACCAAAGCUUUCAUCACCCAUGGUGGAAUGAAUGGGAUCUACGAAGCCAUUUAUCACGGAAUCCCUAUGGUGGGAAUCCCCUUAUUCGCUGAUCAGCCUGACAACAUUGCUCACAUGAAAGCUAAGGGAGCAGCCCUGAAUGUAAAUUUGAACACAAUGACAAGUGAAGAUUUACUCAAUGCCUUGAGAGCUGUCAUUAAUGAACCUUAUUAUAAAGAAAAUGCCAUGAGGCUAUCAAGAAUUCACCAUGAACAGCCUGUGAAGCCCCUAGACAAAGCUGUCUUCUGGAUUGAGUUUGUCAUGCGCAACAAAGGGGCCAAGCACCUUCGUGUGGCAGCACAUGACCUCACUUGGUUCCAGUACCACUCUCUGGAUGUGAUUGGGUUCCUCCUGCUCUGUGUUGUAACUCUGGCAUUCAUCAUCAUUAAAUGUUGUUUGUUUACUUGUAGAAAAUUUUGUAUGUCAGAAAAGAAGACAAGGGUGAACAGAAAAAAAAAGAACUAGGUGUUUCUAGGUUUGAGAAUGUCACCAAUGAGAGUUACAUUAAAUCUAGCCAUAAGGAGCUUCCAUUCUUCUGCUUUUAUACUACUUUGAGAAAACUUUUCUUCUAUAUCUGAAAAAAUACCAUGUUAAAUAUUUAGGCUUAUUUCAUCUGUUCAUUCAUUUCUGUUGUUGUCUUGUAGGCAGUCUUAUUAUUCUCCAAUAUUGUCUUCAAAUAUGGAAACUGUUAAUUCUAAACAUGCUCUAUAGAAAUGGAGUGAUGACUAA